CAUAAAACUCUUUUUUUCAAAUUUCGAAUGUUAUGAGUUUUCGAAAAAGAAUGAAUCAGUAUAAAUUGUUCUCCUGUUAAAAAACCAUGACAAUAUAGAGAAUGCAUAAGGAAAUAAUUUAAAACGAAAGCACGAUGCUCUACUGGAACUGAAGAACGAAAAAACAAAUAAAGAAGUUUCAAAAAUCUUUGAUAUUCCAUCAAAAACUCUUUUAAUUUGGAUAAAGAAUAACGAUCUUUGACAGUUUUUAUCAAGAAAAUUUGGCUCAACAUUUGGUACAUCAAAGCUGUACUUAAAUGGUUUGAAAGGAGUGAGAGCAAAAAUUUGUUCAAACUGGUGGUUUGCUUGUUAACUUCAGAAAAACUUUAAAUUUCGCAAAAAAUUUAAACUUCGAAAAGUUUCAAUCUUUGGAAGGAUGGGUAUACAAGUAUGGGACCUCGCAUAGGCAGCCUACUACAUGCAGCAAUGGAUCAUUACCAGCAUAAAUCUGGUGCUCAAAAAAGAAAAGAAAAGAUUGCUCGAGAAAAAUCAGCCAAGAAGGGUCAAAGUACGAUUGAGUCUUUCGGAUUUAUAAAUUGUAAUCGUAUUGAUGGUGUUUCUGAGGAUCAGAUGUGCAAGAUGAAUUCACAACUCUUAAAUGUUGAAGUAGAGCCAGUGCCAAUUGAGGAAGAUGAAUUGUUAAAUAGAAAGGUAUGAGUGCUGAUGUGAAAGAGAAUGUAAUAGACGAAAAUGAAAAUAUUCUUCCAAAGACAUCAACUGCAAGGCUAGAAGAAUUACAAGACAAGGCAGAUGAUGUCCAACUAGUUCCAUCAAAUAACUAUGAUAUUGGUUUAAUUAAGGAAUUAUUUUGCACUGCUGAACAAAUAGAAAAAUUUGUUCAUCAUGGACCCAUUGCUCACCCAACAAAAUUUCCAAAAGAUGCAUUGCCUAAAUCAUUUCCACGCACGUUAUUUCACAUUGCCAUGCCAAAUGGCGAAAAAAUUCCACGAGAUUGGCUAACGUGGAGUGAGGCGAAGAAUGCACUUUACUGUUUUCCCUGCCGACUUUUCUCUAAAAUGCCAGAAACCCAUCGAUCGGCAUUAUCUCUGCCAACAGGAUAUUUCAAGCCCAAGGACAAUAAAUGGAAGAAACUUUAUGAAAAAAUUCCUCAUCAUCAAUCCAGCAGUGGGCAUAACAUGUGUUAUGUAGAAUGGAGACGAUUAGAAGAAAAUCUCAGAGAUAAUACAACUAUCAAUUUUCUACUAAAUGAUAAUAUAAAGACAGAAGUGGAAAGAUGGAGGCAAAUACUUCGUAGAGUAUUAGAUGUUAUCUUGUUUUUGGGUGAAAGAGGUCUUGCAUUUAGAGACGAUAGUCAUCUAAUUGGUGAUCCCAAAAAUGGGAAUUUUUUGGGAAUUAUGGAACUCAUUGGUCAUUACGAUUCCAUUCUACAUGAUCAUCUCGAAAAAGUAAAAGCUUCUCAACAGAGCCAUAAGCGAAUGCAAGCACAUUAUUUGUCAAAUGAUAUCCAGAAUGAGUUUAUUCAGUGCUGUGCAGACAAAGUCACAGAUGUGAUAUUAGAUGAGAGGGAGAAAUGCAAAUAUUUUUCAAUGAUUGUGAAUGCAACGCCUGAUACAGCUCAUAUUGAGCAAAAUGUUUUUAUUUUAAGAUACGUCUUACAGGACAAAUUGACAGGAAAAUAUGAGGUAAAAGAGAGAUUUCUGGAAUUUGUAGAUUGCAAUAAAAAAACUGGUGAAGAUAUUGCAAAUAUAAUUACUUCUACUCUUCAGAAACAUAAAAUACCACUGAUGUGCUGUCGUGGACAAGGAUACGACAAUGGGAGUAAUAUAAAAGGUUCAGUCAAGGGAGCACAAGCUCGAAUUCUUCAACAUUAUCCACUUGCUACUUACUCUCCCUGUGCUUGUCAUAGUUUGAAUUUAUGCGGUGCACAAGCUGCUGAAUGUUGUCCUCAAGUGAUAACUUUCUUUGGGAUAGUGCAAAAACUGUAUAACAUAUUUAGUAGCAGUCCUCAAAGAUGGGAAAUUUAAAAAAAAAAUAUUGGUUCGUCUUUUCAUAGCAUGUCCCAAACGCGCUGGUCAGCUAGAGUGGACUGCAUUAAGCCAUUCGCAACCCAGCUUCCUGGUAUAAUCAAAUCAGUAGCUGAUAUAAGGAACCUAAAUUUGUCUAUAGAAAAUCGCGCUGAUCUAAAUGGGAUUAUUUCAUAUAUGGAAUCGUUUGAAUGCAUUCUGAUGUCCACUAUAUGGUUCAAAGUACUUACUGCUAUCAAUUACACCAAUCUUGUUUUGCAAGCACGGAAUGCUACAUUGGAUGUAGAAGUGACCAACAUCAAACAACUAAUUGAUGAAUUAAAAACUCUUCGAGAUAAAUGGGAUUCUAUUAUGGUGGAGAGUAAAUUAGUUGCAAACACCUUAAACAUUUCUUAAGAACUUCCAGAACCUAGACGAAAAAUUAGGAAGCGAUUUGCUGAUGAGACACCUGAUGAAAUUUCUCUAUCAAAUUCUGAAAAUAAUUUUAAACAAAACGUUUUUUAUAUAUUAUUGGACUGCAUUAUAGGGAAUAUCAGUAGACGGUAUGAAGCUGCAUAUAAAAUUGACGAAAGUUUUAACUUUCUCUGGAAGUAUAAUCAUUACGAAGAGGAAGAAAUUCGCCGAAGGAGUAAGGAUUUUGUGAAUAAAUACAAGGAUGAUGUUUCCAUGGAGCUGAUCGAUGAGCUUUUGCAUUUGAAAUUUAUCCAUGAUGUUAACAUCAAAAAUGAUUUCGACCCCUUUCUUCUUCUCAAUAAAAUCAACGACCUGAAACUUAUAUUUCUUUUCCCCAACAUUUGUAUUGGCCUGAGAAUUUUUUGUACAUUACCAGUUACGGUAGCACAAGCUGAACGGUCUUUUAGCAGACUGGCGCUUAUAAAAAAUGAUCUAAGAUCAACAAUGACGCAAGGUAAAGUUUCUGGCUUGGGAAUUUUAGCGAUGGAGUGUGAUUUAGCAAAAAAUAUCAAUUUUGACAGUGUAAUUGCCGAUUUUGCCAGUAGGAAAGCGAGGAAAGUUUUAAUCUAACUUACAGGUUUUAUAUAUUUUAAUUUUGUUGUAGUUAAAUUAUAUAUAAUU